UAUGAUAGUAGUAGAUUUUUCUUUUUCCCGAAACAUGGGGUUAGGUACAGCUUCUCUUAUAAAUUUACCCUGUUUUCCCUUCUCUUCAUUCUAUCACAUUUUCAACUUCACUUUCUCUUCUCUACUUUUGCUUGCUUGCAUUUCCAAUCAUUAACCGGAACCUCCACCGCCAUGGAAGCUCCCCCGUCAAUCCCUCACUUGGCCAUUUUACCAAGCCCCGGAAUCGGUCAUUUGAUUCCACUCAUUGAAUUCGCCAAGCGCCUCCUCUCCCACCACCGUUUAACCUUCACUAUCAUAAUCUCUUCCGAUGGUCCACCGUCUCAACCUCAUCGAGCCCUCCUCAAUUCCCUCCCUUCCGGCAUUGAUCACCUCUUCCUUCCCCCGGUCAGCUUCGACGAUCUGCCCGCCGACUCCAAAAUUGAAACCUUCAUCACUCUCACCAUUUCUCGCUCACUCCCAUCCCUUCGGAACGUACUGAAAUCCAUGGUCACUCAAUCCAACCUCGUCGGCUUGGUCGUUGAUCUUUUCGGCACCGACGCCUUCGAUUUAGCCAGAGAAUUCAACAUUUCCUCUUAUUUGUUCUUCCCCUCCACCGCCAUGCUUCUCUCCUUUGUUCUGUUUUUACCCAAACUCGAUGAAUCCGUCGUCGGCGAGUUCCGCGAUCUCCCCGAGCCAAUCGAAAUCCCGGGAUGUAUUCCGAUUCCAGGCAAACAUUUAUUGGACCCAGUUCAAGAUCGGAAGAACGAAGCCUAUAAAUGGGUGCUUCAUAACGCGAAGAGGUAUGUUUUAGCAGAUGGGAUUUUUCUCAACGGCUUCCCGGAAUUGGAGCCCGGAACUAUAAAGUAUCUGCGAGAGGAGGAAGCAGGGAAGCCCCCCGUUUACCCAAUUGGGCCAUUGGUGAAAAUCGACGCAAAUGAGAAGGAAGAAAGGGCAGAGUGUUUGAAAUGGCUAGAUGAACAACCACAUGGGUCUGUUCUGUUUGUGUCAUUUGGAAGUGGGGGAACUCUGCCGAGUGAUCAAAUCAACGAAUUGGCGUUGGGAUUGGAGAUGAGUGGAGAGAGAUUCAUAUGGGUGGUUAAAAGUCCUUCCGAUAAGGUCGCAGACGGCACCUAUUUCAGCGUCCACAGUCAGAGUGACCCAUUGGAUUGCUUACCGGAAGGGUUUGUAGAAAGGACGAAAAACAGGGGAAUGGUGGUGCCAACGUGGGCGCCACAGGCUCAAAUCCUGAGCCACAGCUCCACGGGUGGGUUUUUAACGCACUGUGGAUGGAAUUCAACGUUAGAGAGCGUGGUGAAUGGGAUUCCUCUGAUUGCUUGGCCGCUGUACGCAGAACAGAAAAUGAACGCUCUGAUGUUAACAGAGGAGAUUAAAGUGGCGUUAAGGCCAAAAAUGAAUGAGAAAAAUGGGUUAGUGGAGAAGGAAGAGAUAUCGAAAGUGGUGACAUCGUUGUUGAAAGGGGAAGAAGGGAUGAAACUGCGUCUGAAAAUGAAGGAAUUGAAAGAAGCAGCAGAAAAAGUGGUUGGAGAAGAUGGAUUGUCUAGUAAGAUAUUGAAUGAUUUCGUGAACAAAUGGAAGGCCAAAAUUUCAGCUUAGAAAAUGAAAAUACUCUUUUCAUUUUGUUUGCUCUUAGAAAUUGCCUGCUAUGUGAAUUUUCGUCACUACUUUGUGUUGGUACAAAACAAACCCCCUUGUUUUGCCUCCUCACUAAUAAAACCAUAAAUUUCAUCUUUAAUACUUCCUGUGCCUGUGGUUUAUUAUUUUAUAAUGAAGGAUCGAAAUUGGGAAUUCAAUUUCCUAACCUCUUAUAAGAGAUUGAACUUCCUUCCGAAUUUAACUAUUAA